AUGGCUUUCAAAACCCUUUUGGGAAUGUCACCUUAUUAUUUGGUUUUUGGGAAAGCUUGCCAUUUUCCCAUUGAGUUGGAGCAUAAGGUAUAUUGGGCCACUAAGAAGUUGAAUAUGGAUCUCCAAGCUGCCGGAGAAGCUCGUAAAUUGCAAUUAAAUGAGCAAGAAGAUAUGAGGUUGUUCUCCUAUGAAAAUGUUAAGCUUUAUAAGGAGAAAACCAAGAGGUGGCAUGACCAGAAAAUUCAAUCUCGAGUCUUUGAGAAGGGACAGCAAGUGUUGCUCUUUAACUCACGUUUGAAGUUGUUUCCUGGCAAAUUGAAGUCCCGUUGGUCAUGCCCAUUCACCGUGGUGAGAGUUUAUCCCUUUGGAGUAGUUGAAGCACGAGAAAACCUCUAUCACUUUGGAGGAUCCUUAAAGUAG